UGCUGUUGUUUUAAGAGACUGUAUUAUUGUGGGAAGCCACUCAGGCCUCUAAUCAGGUCUGUAAUUGCAGAAACUGAGGUUGGAGAAUUACAGAGUCACAGAAGGCCUUGGCUACACAGUGAGAUCUUGCCUCAGAAGGAGAAAAAGAAAGAAAAAAGGGAAGCUGCUAUUCAGUUAGCCUUGCUAAUGACGGGAUAGAAGAUAGAACUUGUUCCCUAAACUAAAACGGGGAAAGGAUUACUUGAAGGACUGUUUGAAAGCCUGCUGGGACAUGUCAUCGGUGACAGAAACUUGGCAGCAGGGCAGCUCUGAGCGAGUGCAGGAUGUCACCAGGAAUCAGGUCCCCGACGAGUCCAGACUUCCUGGGAUUCUAAAUGCACUGUCCUGUCUAGUGCCAUCUUGUCCUACCGAUAAACUGGCAACUCAUCUGGCCACAACAGAGGGAAACUGGAGGAAAUACCAUUCUAGGCAGCCAAGGCCUAGAGGAUUGCCCCAUCUCAAAGGGAAGUCUCUGACUGCCGUUUGAAAUGCUGAGAAACUUGUUUCGGAGGAGACUUUUGUCUUAUCCUGCAAAAUACUACUUCGUGGCGCUCUUCCUCUCUUUAGUCACCUUCUCUGUCCUAAGAAUUCAUCAGAAGCCUGAAUUUGUUAGCAUCAGACACUUGGAGCUUGCUGGAGAUGAUGCUAAUAGCAACAUUAACUGCACCAAAGUUUUACAGAGUGACCCAGAUGAAAUCCAGAAGGCGAAGCUUGAGUUACUAACAGUGAAAUUCAGGAAGCGCACGCGGUGGACACCGUAUGACUAUAUAAACAUGACCCAUGACUGUGCCUCUUUCAUCAGGAUGCGCAAAUAUAUCGUAGAGCCCCUUAGUAAAGAGGAGGCAGACUUUCCCAUCGCGUACUCCAUAGUGGUUCAUCACAAGAUUGAAAUGCUUGAGAGGCUCCUGAGGGCCAUCUAUAUGCCUCAGAAUUUCUAUUGCAUUCACGUGGACAAAAAAGCAGAGGAGCCUUUUUUAGCUGCGGUGACGGGCAUUGCGUCCUGCUUGAAGAACGUCUUUGUGGCCAGCCAGCUGGAGAGCGUCAUUUACGCGUCCUGGAGUCGGGUUCAGGCUGACCUCAACUGCAUGAGGGACCUGUACGGCAUGAGUGCAAACUGGAAGUACUUGAUCAACCUCUGCGGUAUGGACUUCCCUAUUAAAACCAACCUGGAAAUGGUCAGGAAACUCAAGUCAUUCCUGGGCGAAAACAACCUGGAAACCGAGAAGAUGCCUCCAAACAAGGAGGAAAGGUGGAAGAGACGACACACCAUUGUCGACGGGAAGCUGACGAACACUGGGGUGGCCAAAGCCCAGCCGCCCCUCACCACUCCUCUUUUCUCAGGCAGCGCCUACUUUGUGGUCAGUAGGGAAUAUGUAGGCUAUGUGCUAGAAAAUGGGGACAUCCAAAAGUUCAUGGAGUGGGCACAGGACACGUAUAGCCCAGAUGAGUACCUCUGGGCCACCAUCCAAAGGAUCCCUGAAGUCCCUGGUUCUCUCCCCUCGAGCCAUAAGUAUGACUUGUCCGACAUGAAUGCUGUCGCUAGGUUUGUCAAGUGGCAGUACUUUGAAGGUGAUGUUUCCAAAGGCGCUCCUUACCCACCGUGCAGCGGAGUCCAUGUGCGCUCCGUGUGCAUUUUCGGAGCUGGUGACUUGAGCUGGAUGCUUCGCAAACACCACUUUUUCGCCAAUAAGUUUGACAUUGAUGUUGACCCCUUUGCCAUCCAAUGUUUGGAUGAGCAUCUGAGGCAUAAAGCCCUGGAGACCUUAGAACACUAACUGCUGUUGUCAGGAGUCCUGGGGAGAGUAGGGAUGCACAAAGCGUAACCCUCAUCCACUUCCUUUGCCUCAUUUGGAGUCCUCUUUGACAUGAUGGCUUUUAAGUCCGUGUUAGAGAAGCUGCAUGGAUUGUGUAGAGUACAGGUACAAGAGAGGAUGACACAUUCAGUGUUCUGGAGUCAAAACGAGGAAAGAGGGAGGACAGAUGGAGGCUGGGGAAGAUUUUAUGGACAGAGGGGACUCAGGUCAUUGGGAAAGAGGCCAAAGACAGAAUCAGCCUCCCCAACUAAUCAAAGAAACCAGGUACUUGAUCCAAAGGAGAUUCCAUUUGUGCCAAAAUUCUCUUGAGAAUUUUAAACACGGUAAUUUUCUUGACAUGAAUAAGUUUGUAGCAGCAACCAAUCACAAAGAUGUGGUUUACCUUGUACAAUUUUUGGAAUGGACAUUCAGUUCUACUCUUAAGUUUUCCUUGUCCUUCAUGCUGUGACUCUGUGGGGUGGUGCCUCUGUGUGUCUCAGGGGGUUUAAAAUAUGCUCAGCAUGAAUAUUUCUGUUUUCGUUUUAGUUAUUAGAAGAUUCUAGGAGCCAGCUGGGUGUGUGCCCAUGAAGCGGCAGGAUAAGCUCAAGUGAUCAUCUAGGUUUCUGUGGUUCUGACUCUCACCUCAAAUGCAGUUUUGUUUUCUCCCCUAUCUUAAUAUCAUUUAGCUAAAUCUAAACUGUUUGGCCGGCAUUCUGAUGACGUGCCUUGUCGUUCAUGUUAGGUUUUAAACAGGAAUCAACACCGCGUACUUUUAUUUCUACAAUGUAGUCCACUUUAAUAAUCCGUGAGAAAAAUCAUACCAGACAACUUUAAGGCAUUCAACUGAGAAAGUAUGUUUUCUGCCUCAAAGCUAGAAUAGAUUUUUCUUUUAAUGGCAGCUCUUGUCAUCAGAAAAGGCAGGGAUCGGUAGAUAAGCCGGGUUUUGUGUUGGACCAAUAGAAACACGUUUGCUGCGAAACUGCAGCGCCAGCGGUGGUAACGCAGUGGUGGGUGGUGGGUGUCCUCGAUGCUGGUUCCUGUUUCUUUCUUUAGUUUGUACCCAGGCUUUGUCGAAUCCCUCUUUACCGGGAAAGGCUUCUUUACCUAUGAGGCAGGACAUCUUUUCGAUCUCAAAUCAGGGAUACCUGGUGACAUAAAAUUUGUGUAAACAGCUGUAGCUGUGCCUUAAGCAGUUUUUUCUGUUUUGAAAACUCAAGGUAAGAGCAGUGAGUGGUCCGGUGACCCCGCACCAACCCUGACCUGAAGUCGCCAGCCCUUGACACAUACAGCCCCACUUGCUUUGUCUCGGAUGAACUCCAGAACUUUGCAAAACUGGAAAUAACAUUUUUUAAAAAAUUACAAGUAUUUUUUGAGAAUCAGGUAUUUUGAGUUAUUCAUCUAAACACUCAGUAGCGUAGUGCAGCUGCAUUUAGUUCAGAGUUAAAUGGCAAGUUUGAGGGUCUCCUUUUUUCCCACUGUAGGAGUAAGACUAGGGUUCCCGAACCCCGCAUUAAUGCUGUGAAGUCUCCACACCUCGUGAUACCUCACGUCCUAGCACCGUGCCUGCUGAGCUCUGUCUGAUGUUGCGGUGUCCCAAUGUCCAUGCAGGGCUCCUGCGGUGUCUGUUUAUUGGCACUCAAUGAAUUUUGUUUUUAAAUUUUCCAAUAUGACUUAAAGCAAAAGAAAUUCAUACAUUGGGGAUCAAUAAUUUGAAGAACUACAAAGGAAACUUGGAAAUGACGCCGUAAGACAUUCCAGGAGAGCCAAUGCCAGUUCGCCUUAUUAAGUCAUUUCGUAUGUUAGUGAACACUACUUUAAUGCAAUCAUUAAGGUCUUUUAUAGAAAACUUUUAAUAAUCACAUUCCCAAAUAAAAUCUAGUUAAGUCGAUCAAGAUUCAUAUGUCAUUUGCUAAAAGUAAGUUAAUUUUAAAAGAUUCUUUAUUUUAUAGGCCUGAAGUUCUUAUAGGCCUUAAGUUCUUUUGAGGUUAAAAAACAGAAAACAAACUUGUUUACCUUGAAAACUGGGAACACUGUUAUAUCUAAACAUGUGCUUGCUCACUCAUCUAGUAGGGUUCAUUGAGGUGAAUUUAUUUCCUCUUCACGUGAUUUGGGUUGGAAGAGGCUGUUUUAAUAGUUCAUGUGUAGAAUUGAUGGAACGGGAUGUUUUGGGCUGUUUAAAUAAUCAUCAUUAUGAAGUGUAAAAUGGAAGACUAUUUAUGUUUUACUUUUUCAAAUGAAUCAGUCGUUUCACCAUUAAAAUCAGUCAUUCAGAAA